AUGUCGAGUCGGGGGUUGGCCCUGUCGCGAAUGGCGGCGGCGGUGGCGGUGUGGAUGGGGCUUGCGGGCGUGCUGGCGGGGCUGGUGGCGUGGAGGGUGCAGAAGGGCUUCGACGACAAUCGCAAGGCGGAGCUCGACACCUGGUGCGCCGGUCGCGCGCGCUCGCUGCAGCAGCAGUUCAUGCUCACCGCCGACCACGUGCAGGUACACGCCCCACCACGUGCAGGUAGACGCCCCACCACGUGCAGCGCCCCCCAUGCGCCCCCCAUGCGUCCCCCAUGCGCCCCCCAUGCGUCCCCCAUGCGCCCCCCAUGCGUCCCCCAUGCGCCCCCCAUGCGUCCCCCAUGCGUCCCCCAUGCGUCCCCCAUGCGCCCCCCAUGCACCUCCCAUGCACCCCCCAUGCACCCCCAUGCACCCCCCAUGCACCCCCCAUGCACUCCCCAUGCACUCCCCAUGCACUCCCCAUGCACUCCCCAUGCACUCCCCAUGCACUCCCCAUGCACCCCCCAUGCGUCCCCAUGCACUCCCCCAUGCGAACCCCGAUGCGCCCAUCAGGUGCUGGCGGGGCUGGCGACAGUGUUUGGCGGCGUGCGGCAGAACCCCUGGGCGGUGGGCAGCUGUCUCACGCAGCGCCGCUUCGUGCGCUUUGUGGAGCGCAUGGUGGCGGCGCAGCCCUGGGUGCACGCCGUGGCUUACAUGACGCUCAUCAACGGCUCACACAGGGCGUUGUUUGAGCGGGCGGCGCAGUGCAAGCUGUUGGACAUUCUCGGCAAGCCGGCCCUGGAGGCGGAUUGGUACAUGAACUCGCGCGUGUGGUUCCAGGAGAACCCCUUGCUGCCGCUGCUGGAGGUGGGCUCUGUGUGCAUCAACGUGCGCACACACCCCUCGUACGGCCCGCAGCUCGCGCGCAUGCACGACCUGGCAGUGAACCUGCUCAGCAUGCCCUACGUGCUUGACAAUGGGGAGGCUGGCAUGGGGGCGUUGCGUCAAUGGGUGGGAGGGGCGUGUGUGAGUGGUAUGGGUGAGUCGAAGUGCUGUUGCUCCUUCUUCCUCCCCCAGUCGCUACCUUCUCUCCCUGUCAUUCCCCAUUCUUCCAUAGCCACCCUCUUCAUCUCUCACUCACUCAUCCUCUACAUCUGUACCGUACCCCUCCCCCGUCCCCUCCCCCGUCCCCUCCCCCGUCCCCUCCCCCGUCCCCUCCCCCGUCCCCUCCUCCGUCCCCUCCCCAGUCCCCUCCUCCGUCCCCUCCCCCGUCCCCUCCCCCGUCCCCUCCGCCCCAUUGUGCGGCCAGGCAUGGGAUUCCCAAUCUUCAGGGAUGGCGUGACAACGUCGUCGCCGCUGGAGGAGAGGCGGGCGGCGUUGAUCGGCCUCAUUGCGGCGUCCAUCGAUUUCAAGAGCCUCGCCGCCUUCAUCAUUAACGAAGUGCUUCGCCAAGAUGUUCAGUACUCCCUCGAGGUCUAUGAUGUCACCUCCAGUGACCGCCUCGCUUUUUCCUCACCCUCCUCCUCCUCCUCCUCCUCCUCCUCCUCCUCCUCCUCCUCCUCCUCCUCCUCCUCCUCCUCCUCCUCCUCCUCCUCCUCCUCCUCCUCCUCCUCUCUUCCUACACCCCGCGCCUGCUGUACGGGCUUUGGCGAUGCUGACACGGUCCACAGCUGGACGGCCGUGCUGCUGGCGGUGCUGAUCGUGGUGGUGGCGGCGCUGCUGGCGGCUAUCGGGGUGAGCGUGGCGUGCAACACGCGUGGUGUGCGGGAGAAGGUGGCGGCGCUGGCGAUGCUCAAGGAGAGAACGCAGGCGGCGGAGCGCAACAAGAGUGCCUUCAUCGCCAACACGGCGCAUGAGCUGCGCACCCCCAUCAUCGGCCUCAAGGGCAUGUUGGAGGAGCUGGCGGAGGGGGAGGUGGACUUAGGGCAGAGGGAGGACGUGGGGACGGCGGUGGGCGAGGUGGAACGCAUCGUGGCGCUCAUCAACGUCGUGCUCGACGUCUCCAAAGCCGAGGCCGGCCGCCUCACCAUGGAGACCCUGCCCUUCGAUGUGCGCUCCUGGCUCAGGGACGCGCUGCACUCCCACGCCUGCGCCGCCCACGCUCGCAACCUCAACUUUGCGUGCCGUGUGGAUACGAGUGUGCCCGAGGUGCUGGAGGGGGACUACAUGCGCCUGCAGCAAGUGGUGGACAGCAUUGUGGACAAUGCCAUCAAGUUCACGACCAGCGGAAGCGUGUGUGUGCGGCUGCAGUGCCUUCCCCCCGACACCCACAUCCCCACCCACCUGCUCUCCCUCGGCUGCCUCCUCGCUCAACCCACCCCCGCCUGCUCCUCGCUUUCGGCUGCUGCUGCCAAUAAUGGUGAAGCCACUUCUACUGCUGCCACCACUGCUGCUGUUGCCACUGCUGUCCCCGCAGCUGCUGCUGCUGCUGCGCCUGGCGGUGAGCAGGAGCGAGCAGAGAGGGCGUGGAGAGAGCAGGUGGUGCAGCAUGGGUUGGUGCAGCAGGGAGCGGAGCAGCAGGGGGUGGUGGGGGGCGUGGUGGGCGACUGGGCCCUACAGCUGGCGUCGCUCUGCACACGCUUCCUCCCGCGCCCCUCACACCCGCCAGUGGGGGCCAUGGGGCAGGGCGAGGGCCACGAGAGGUGCGAGGAGGAGCCGGAGGGGGGGUGGGAAAGGGAGGGGCAAAGGAAGGAAGGGUGGAGUAAUGCAGAGAAUGGGCGCAGGGAAGGUGUGGGGGAUGAGGAAUGGCGGAGAGGUGAAUGGGGGGGUGCAGCAGUGCAGACAGUGCGUGGUGCGGCAGCAGGUGCAUGUGUGCAGCAAGGGCGGGAGGAGGGUGGCGAGAGGGGGAAUGCAGGAAAAAGUGGCGUUUCUUGGAGAAGAGGAGAGGGGGCUUCGCUGAGACAUGGCGAAGAGGAGGACGGGGGUGGUCUUGGUGGUCUUAGAGCCGGGCGAGGUGCUGCUGUGCGUGAGGGGGGUGGCGCUGGCACAUUUGAGGUAGGCAGGGUGGCAAGAGCAGCAGCAUUAGGAGCGGGUGGUGGUGUGGGCUGGUGGAGCGAACCAGUGGGGAGGUGGUGGCGCGGGCGGGGCAGAGAGGAGUGCACAGAGGAGGAGGGGGGGGGGUGGCAGGCGGUGUCCCUCUUAGGCGGCAGCAUGGGUCUGAUCAGCUCAGAGGGCCUUGGCACCACUCUGCACAUCGCUCUGCCCUUUUAUGUUCCCGCUCCUCCUGCUGCUGCUGCUGCUCAUUCCCCGGCUGCCAGUUCUGCUCCCAGCGUGGGUUAUGGUGCUGGCUGGAAUGCCGUUCCCAUUCCCAGCCCCAUUACCAGAGUGGGCAACAGAAGCUUGAGUGCGAGCGAGAGAGAGCAGGGCUGGGGAGAGGCGGAGGGCACAAGCGUGGUGGAGAGGGCGGGUGAGAAGGUGGUGAGCGCCAAGGAGGCCCUCAAGGAGCUGCUUCAGGGCAUGGCCAUCCUGGUGGUGGACGACAACGUGAUCAACCGUUCUCAGCCCCUCUGCACCCCUCCCUGUACCCCCUCUCUCCACCAGGUGGUGGACGACAACCUGGUGAACCGGCGGGUGGCAGCGAGCACGCUGGCGCGGUACGGGGCGGAGGUGGCGCUGGCAGAGUCGGGCGAGGCGGCGCUGCGCCUGCUGCAGGCAACCCACUCCUUCCGCCUCGUGCUCAUGGACCUCCUCAUGCCCGGCCUCGAUGGCUUCCAGACCACCGCCCGCCUGCGCGCCUUUGAGGCCAAAGCCCACACCGCCCAAGCGGGGUUGCAAGUGGGACAGGGAGAUUGGCAACAACAGCAGCGCGUUCAUGUGGUGGCCAUGUCAGCAGAUGUGGACUGUGCCGUUGUCGCCCGUGCCACUGAGGCUGGCAUGGAUGGCGCUGUGCAGAAGCCACUCAGUGAGAGAGUUCUACUGCAGGUGCUCUCAACACUUGACGGUUUGUAA